AUGGAGCGCAGGGAGCUUCCUUACCGGUUGGAAGAACUUCUGACGAGUUUCUACAGGUUGGAAACUGUGGAAAGAAUCAACUACGUGCAAUAUGUUCCAAGCAAGUCGGACGCUCAAUGGAGUAUUCAAGCUGAACUAGCAUUGAGAAAGCACAACCCAAGAAUCUUGGCGUCGCUAUUCUCGCGAGAGUUAUGGUGUUUCAGCAUAAAUAGCGACUCGAUGCCCAGUUUAGAACUAGAUCAGCUAGGAAACGCGCCAGCGCCAGAAAAAACAGGAUAUUUUACACCUGAUAUUUCCAAGCCUAACCUCCCUACUGCCUACGCUGUUUUCUUGAAGGCAUUGAGACGAAUGAUACACAUCAACCUGUGUUUGGAGUCUAAGCAGCAGUUAGUGCCCUUCGGCAAUUCCUGCUUGUUCAAAGCUAAUGAAAAUGCAAGCAAAGUCGUCCAUUUCGAGCCUCAACUUUUUGAAAAUGGAGAUCUCUGCAUGUCCAUAUGUACCAAAGAGAUGCGGCUGUGCAGCUUAGAUGUCAAUAUGAUAAAUGAGCCCUUCCUCAAAAAGAAUGCCAUCUAUUUGGCUCCCUCAGGUAUUCGUGCUUAUCUGGUCUCCCCAGAAGUUAAUAAGUGUAUUUCACCGGCACCAAAAAAUGCAUCAGUACUGCUGAUAACACUUUUGGUCUCACACGGUAUUGAUCUCACAGAAAAGAAAGAUCUCACCUGGGUAAAAGUAACGCCAAAUUUGGAUCAUCUCAAUGGGUAUACCCCGUCUAUUGCUGGUUAUCUAGACCCUCCAAAAGCCACAAAAACUGCCAUUUGGCCCUUAGAAUUGUGUUUUUCACAGCCUUCUGCUACGUUGGUAAACUCAGAUGACUCACUGUCGUUCGAGCCUAAUUUACAGGAGACUUUUGACUUUAUUGAUGACUUUAUUCAAUUAAAAUUGACCUCUGCCUUCAAAACACCUGGAAGUACAUCGGGUGGACUGGGAACGGGGACAGUGACUGGCAAUAAUGCCUUGAGUACCGGCGGAAUUUAUGGCGAUCACUACCCAGCCUUUCACAAACAUACACAGAGUGGAAGCUUAUCUACUUUAGGCAUAUUCAACUCUCAGACUGCAUCAAGACAAUCUCCAAGCAUCGCGUUUAUGAAUACAACCCCAGUUAACAAUAGGUCGGCACCCCAGUCAACAGAAACACUGAACUCAGGGUUCUUAACUACACCUAAUAUCAACCAAAACGUCGAGACUGCGAAUGACGAAAUGUCAACUAUUGGUUCUCCGCACAAGAUGAGAGAUAUACCUUGGACAGCGGAAAGUAAAGGCUCUAUUAAUGGAGAUGAAAUUUCAGAACCCUCAAAUGGCGGACUUUCAGAUGUGUCGACGUCUCAAACCUGCGAGGGAGAUUCAGACUUGGACACAGAGUUGUUCGGAAAUGACAAUGAAGAAGAGAAUGAGGAGGCAGUGAACAUUAAUGAAGUUAAUGCAGAACAGCAUGUCAAGGACAUUACAGAUGAUAUGUUUGAUAUAGAUGAUGAAAGUGACAGCUCCAGAGAAAAAACAGCACAUCUCAAGGAACCCUCCCCUUUCAACAUCGAAGAAUCACCUUUCAAACGAAAGUAUUUAGACAUACCGCUCGAUGAGAUGACGCUACCUACAACACCCCUUUAUAUGGAUCCUGGAGCCCCUUUACCAAUUGAAACACCAAGAGACAGAAGGAAAAGUGUUUUCGCUCCGUUAAACUUCAAUCCAAUAAUCGAGUCCAAUGUUGAUAACAAGUAUAAAAACGGGGGCAAGUUUUCUUUUGACGGAGGUAAAAUUGAAGAGUCACUUAAAUUUGACGUGUCCACUGCCAAUAUAUCGAGUUCUGAAGACGAAGAAUCGGGGAGUAGUGUUGAUGAUUUUGAUGUAUUGAGUGGAGGCAACAAUAUUGGUCCAUCUUUAGAAGGGAAUCCCCCUUUAACAGUCUUUCCCUCAGAAAGCCAGCCCCAAACGACGCUAGAUGUCGCCCAACUAGGCGUUUUCAAAGAACCUUCUCCUCCCCAAAACUUCGAUAAUAAUGGUAAUGUGGAAAAAAGUGCACGCGAAAAUCAUUUCGACAUGUGGAAGUAUCCAAGAGGUGAUACAACGCGCAGCUAUAGCCCAUCGAAAGGUCAUUCCCAGCCAAGGAGCAUGAAGCUUGGCCAAGUGAAUAUCGGUAGUAAUGACCCUGAUGACCUAACAAAAAUCAGCAGCAUCACGCCUUUAUUGGAUCAGCCACGUAAAUCCCCUGCUAUCAGCAGCUAUUUCUCUGACACGAAUUCUGAAGGAGCGGAAAGGUUGGAUAGUAGUGAAAACAUGUCUACCGAGUCUAUUGCAACACCUGAAUCCUCAAACAGCUUGCCAUUUUUACUGCGACAUAUGCCAUUGUUUUCAAUACCUGGCAUCUUUUUUCACCAGAAUCCCUCCUUGCCCUUUAAUGACAAUUUUACCAGCGUAUUAAAUCUUCUGAGUGAACAGAUUAUUUUUGAUAAGGGUCUACUAGGUGACUUGAGCUGUGAGCCUAUCACUUACAAUAAUUUCAUUGGCUGUGACAGCGGCAUUGUGAAAACAACAGUUCAGAGCAUAUUCUCCAAAUUUCAAAGACUGAACGGCGGAGAACUUAUAGAGGAAAUUAACUAUAUCAGACAGCCUGCGGUAUAUGUUAAAAAGAAUGACGAAUUAAUCAAAAUCAAGGGGGAUGCUGAACCCUUUUCGUCACACCUUAACCUCAAACCCUAUAAAGGUAUCAAAAGCUUUAGAUGUCUAUUUUUGACUACGGAUCGUAAAGAUGACUGUCUCGAGUUCCUUUCUUCAGUUUCACAAAUUUAUUCGAGACAAGAGUUGGGCUUUUGUGAACUGGUAAAGCUCACAUCUGCAGAUACCCCAGGUUUAAUCUAUCUGAUAAAUUUGGAGAAGGACACGCUGCUCCUUCUUUCCGCUCAACUUGUAUCGUACCUCUCAACUAACACUUUCAACACGAAGUCCGUCCCGCUAGUCAUAUUUUUGCCGAUACGAAACCAGAGUUUGAGAGAUGUCGUGUCUACCACACUGAAGUUUGAAUUUUUACAGAAAGAGGUGAAAUCAAAGCUCCCUAAUGUCAAUAUAUUCCUAAAAGUCAUUCCAAUGAAUUUUAUCAGCAAUCCUUUAACUUCGGUAGAGGACUACUACGACUUGUGCGUCGGGAUAUACAACAGCAUUCCUCCUAAAAACAUGAAGUUUACCGCAAUUGCAGAUGAGGUGCCUAAAAGGAUAGAGUUUCGAACCAAUCAGCAAGCUAACGGGCAAACUUCUCAUUUUGACAUGUACAUUCAUUUGGCAUAUGCCAGAAGCAUAGACAGAAAUUGGAUUUGUGCUGCUUGGUCAAACUCUUCUGGGAGCGACAACGGUGUCGAGACAUGGUAUAUUGGUAAUUCUACCACAGCAUUUGAAGAUGCUUGCAAUCAGAUGUGGCAAACAACUUCCAAAUGCGCAGCAAACAACUACGGAAGAGUUUGCUUGGUCCUAACCAGAUUUGAUAGUGUUUUACCGGAUGACGAGCUAAUGCACUGGCGAAGGCUUUCAUCCGCAUCCAGAAGCCUUCACUUGGCUGUCGUUUGCGUCGGAGAUAGUACAAAACUAUCGUUAUAUGAUGAGGAUAGAAUGUACCCGUCAUUCAAGCCUCUUUUUGAGGAUGACAGACUUUCUAAAAAAAUUGAAAUCUCAAACCUUGACAACUACGAAAUUGUUGAUGCUGGCAGCGAAGUCCACGGCAUCAUUUUUCAGAACCCUCUUCAAUUGGCAAACUCGCAACACAGGUGUGCUAUCAUCACAGGAGCACUAGUGAGAUUCAAAUCAAAUAGCGGUCACGACAUCCUUGACAAGCUAGAAAUAAAUUUAUUGAAUUGUCCUCACUCAGAUAGCACAAAGCUUUUGAAGAUCAUUUUACAGGAGUUCAGAAAUCUGGCAGUUUUGAACACAUGGUUUGGGCUCUCGAAAUCUGAAUUCUCAUUUAUACCUUGGCAUGUGCUUGCUGUAAAGAAGAUGAUCAAAACAGUGGUACAUUUGAAGGUUACGGAGUCGACUUGA